AUGUGUCGCAGCAUAACCUACCGCUAUAGCAUCUGCACGCACAGUUGGCGUCCGUAUGUUAUUUUCUGUUCGAAUCCUAUUAAGGAUACUUCUACAGAUAUUGAUAACACGAAUACAUGUCCAGCGUACAAGAUCAAAUAUGAACGAAGAGUUAUCAAGAGUGGGAAUGGGCUGUGUGCGAUGUGUUGGGAAAAACAGGAGAGGAAAGAGAAAUAUGUGAAAGAGAGGGAGAGGAUACUUGAGGGGAAAAUGAAGGAGAGGAUUGUGGUGAAAGAGGAGAGGGGGGUGGAGAGAAGGUUUAGGGAGAAGAAUGGAGAGGGGAAGGAUGGCGGGAGGGAGAAAGAGGAUGCGAGGAUAUUGGAAUAUAUAGAUGAGGAGCUCGAAGUAGUUUUGGAGGAACGAGUGAGAUAUUUGAGGAGGGACAACGAGGAGAGCGAGAUGCUUUUACAGGAGACGGAGAAGAAAACGUGGAUUUUGGAGGGAAAUGGUGGGGUGAGGAAGAAGCUGGACGGGAGUGAGAGGAAGGAUGCGAGUUAUGGCAGGCUGGGCUAG